AUUAAAGGCGUGGAAUGUUCUGGAACAUGCACGAAUAUCGACGUAAAGAUAAUUUUUUCCAAUGAAACGUCAUAUGGAUUCAGUCAGUACAAUCUUGUGUGCGUAGAAUUUGGUCGAUCAGUGCGUUCCACAAUUUAUUUGUAAAAAUCAGUGUCGAGUAAUAAAUUAGUGUUUCUAAGAGAGGAAUAUUUUAUAGUUUUGCAUUUAUACUAAAGAAGCAAAAAAGGGACGGAAAAUGGUUAAAGAAACAACAUAUUACGAUAUUUUGGGGGUGAAACCGAAUUGUACGACGGAUGAAUUGAAGAAAGCCUACAGAAAAUUGGCUCUCAAGUACCAUCCAGACAAAAACCCAAAUGAGGGCGAAAAGUUUAAACAAAUCUCCCAGGCCUAUGAAGUGCUCUCCAAUCCGGAAAAACGACGAAUCUAUGAUCAAGGUGGAGAACAGGCUCUUAAGGAAGGUGGUGCUGGAGGCAGUGGCUUCUCUUCACCCAUGGAUCUCUUUGACAUGUUUUUUGGUGGCGGCUUCAGUGGAGGGCGUAGACGGGGACGUGAACGCAAGGGCAAGGAUGUCAUCCAUCAGUUGUCGGUGACAUUAGAGGAGCUGUAUCGCGGUGCUGUACGAAAAUUAGCACUCCAGAAGAAUGUGAUUUGUGAGAAAUGUGAAGGCCGCGGUGGUAAAAAGGGUGCGGUGCAAACUUGUCCCGCCUGUCGGGGUACUGGAAUGCAAGUGCACAUCCAUCAGUUUGUUCCUGGUGUUAUUCAACAAACCCAAACUGUAUGCACCGAUUGCCGUGGACAGCGGGAGAUAAUUGAUCCUAAAGAUCGUUGCAAAGUGUGCCAAGGACGUAAAACGGUGCGCGACCGUAAGAUUCUAGAGGUUCAUGUAGACAAGGGCAUGACUGAUGGACAGAAGAUUGUAUUUAGUGGAGAGGGCGACCAGGAACCUGAGCUUGAACCCGGUGACCUUGUUAUAGUUCUAGAUGAAAAGGAACAUGAAGUUUUCAGAAGAUCUGGAAACGAUCUUAUCAUACGCUUAAAUAUUGAGUUGGUGGAAGCUCUCUGUGGUUUCCAGAAAGUAAUCAGAACUCUUGAUGACAGAGACAUUGUAAUAACUGUUAUGCCCGGAGAGGUUACAAAACAUGGAGAUGUGAAGUGUGUCCUGAAUGAAGGUAUGCCAACAUACAAAAAUCCAUUUGAAAAGGGCCAACUAAUUAUUCAAUUCCUAGUUAAUUUCCCUAAUCGCAUUCCGCCUGAAGUUAUUCCAGCCUUGGAGAAUUGUUUGCCACCUAGGCCUAGAGUGGAGAUUCCUGAACUGGCAGAAGAAUGUCAGUUAAUGGAUCUUGACCCGGAGCAGCAGUCGCGACGACGGCGCACUCAUCACGGCCACGCUUACGAAGAGGAUGAAGAGCAUCCUGGAAUGAACACAGUUCAAUGCGCUACCAGUUAAACUCGCAUUGUAGACUAUCGAUGGACCUUAUCCUGGCUGAUAACUAAAGUAGCCCUCAAUCUAUAUAGUAUUUACCUACAAUUUAAUUUAAUAACACUAUAGAAAAAGUAGUUGUGAUUAUGGAAUAUGUUUAGGUGAUAAAAAAUAAGUUGUAUUUCAUUAGUUUUAUCUUGACAAUUAUAAUUACAUCAUAAAAUUCUAGUAUAUAUCCAUUACUUUGACUCAUUUAUGUUGGCCAUAAUAAGUUAUAGUGUCUUAUAAUUCCAUAUCUAUUAAUGAGUUGUUCAGAUUUCACUCCUAGCUUUUAAAUGCCAUGUGCAAACAGGUCCAUUGACUAGUAUCGUCUGUUAGUAGUAUUUAAAAAAAUAAUCAUUACUGUGAUUUUGGUUAUCUAUUUCUUUUAGAUAAUAUAAUUUAUAUGAUGUGCUCGUAAGUCGGUAUUUUUUAGAUUUGCAUAAUUCGAACUCUGUAAACUAUUGUCAUCUAUAAAUAGUUUGUGUCUACAAUAUUAUUAAAUGGCGGAUUGGGCGUAUUUAAAAAAAUAAAACCUAUUUUGAUGCUCAUAGUAUGACACACACGCGGUUCGUACAUCUUUAAUGUGUACUCCUAAGUUGCAUGUGAUUAGCGAGGCCUUGGUUAAGUAGGUAUAUAACAUCCGUAGAAACAUUGUUUUCUGCUCGUAACUAGAACUAAACCAUCCUAAUCUAUGGUGCAUUCCCAGAAGCAAUGGAGAACCGAUGUAAACUUGUAAGAUGUCUUACAUGUCUUUAUUUGCCUAUCAUGUAGUUCUCGCCGAGUAAUUUAUCAACGAUAAGCACUUGAUUUCAAUAGUAGUAGCAGGACAGAGAAUUAUGAAUGCCAGAGAUACGCCUGGUCUAUAAGCACCCUAAGUUUCUCUUUCUCAAGGAAUUUGUCGAGUUACAUCUUGCAUUAUGUAUAUUUGUACACGACAUCCUUUUUGAUAAUUACCUUAUUAUUAUCCUUUUACCUCAUAUACUUACAAAUCUAUACCUAAUGAAAUGCACUGUCUGUGAUCACAUUUGGUGAAUGGUUUGGUUAAAAUGUAUUGUGUUUAUUGGCUUUGUUUUUCAUUUAGGAUAAAAUAAUAAACUUUUCGUCUCAAAACUU